UACUCUGCUGCGGCUCCAUUAAAUAAACCCUAUCUUUCUGCCUUUCCACCAUCCUCUCCGGCCCAUUCUUUGCUAUAAUUUUUGUGAAUGUUGGGCGAUUCAUUGAUCUCUUCCUCUUUUUCUUCGAAGAAGAGGGAAACCCCCAUCGCUACCCCUUUCGCUUCCUGCAUGCAAGGCUGGCAUCAUCGCUGCCUAGGCCUCGACCCUUAGAUCUGAUUCAAUUACAUUGCUUUUCAGAUCUGCAGAUAUUCUUGUUUUUUUUUACGCCUAGGCCGAUGUCCUGUAAGCGUCCGCAGAAUACGGCGCCGAUGAGACGGGGGAUUCAUAAGGAGAAGCUCAUCGAGGAGAGGAAGGGUAAAGGAAAUGGGGCAAUCGAACGGUUUCUGAUCACGGUGACUGUGCCGGGUAGUGCCGGGAAGAUUCGAUUCGUGGUCAGGGAGAAGGAGCUUGUUGAAGUGGUUAUUAGUAUGGUGCUCAAGUCUUACGCGCGAGAGGGUCGGCUGCCAAUUCUUGGAUCUGAUUUUAAUGAUUUCGUUCUUUACAGUGCGAAUGACGGCUCUGAGGCUCUGUGUCCGUGGGAGCCUAUCGGCUGCAGCGAGAAUAGGAAUUUCUUAUUGUGCAAAAAGCAGGGUUUGGCUGGUGUAGAAAGGUCGCAUAUGCCUGUAAAUACAAGGGAGGCUGGAAAUAAAGGAAAGCUUGGUUGGAAGGCUUGGCUCAAUAAGUCUCUUAGCUUCAGAAUCUCUCCUCGCUGAGCCAUUCUUUAUUUGCCAGCAAUGUUGGAUUGCUUGAUUAUGCUUUGUUUGUGAGAUUCAAGGAUGAGUUUUAAUUCUUGUUCUUAUGAGCUUCAUGUUGUAUUUCAUUCAAAAUAUCCGGGAUCGGAUUUCUGUAGUUUGCUUUAGUUUGUAUCAUUUUGUAUUCAAUUUUAAUAAUAUGGUGUUUAGGGUUGACAUCUA